AAUUCUGAUAAACACCAAGCAUUGAUUAUGCAAGAAUGGGCUGCCAUCAGUCAGGAUGUGACAACGCUGCAGUUCACAAUGCCCGCCUGACAAACGACCUCUUCCAGAGGAAUAACCUUAUCAUCUCCCGAAACCAUCGUACCUGUAGCCAGCUCUGGGCUCUCCAGUGGGAGUUGGAGAGGAGGAUGUCCAAAGCAACUGCUGGCAUGAAGGAAUAAGAUAACUCUUUUGGACCAUCCUGCGUGUUCCCCUGAUCGAAAUCCAAUUGAGAACAUUUGGGGAUGGAUGGCAAGGGAAGUUUACAAAAAUGGACAUCAGUUCCAGACAGUGGAUGCCCUCCGUGAAGCCAUCUUCACCACCUGGAGCAACAUUCCCAUUAGCCGCCUGGAAACACUGGCAUCAAGCAUGCCCAAACCAAUUUUUGAGAUACUAUAGAGUGGCUGGUGGCGUGGCAGACAGGGCGGAUCUACCAGGUUGACUACGCCCAGGAAAUACAGUUGAUAAACGACACUUCACAAUGGUCAGGUGACACUUCUGAGGAAGACUGCAGUGGAUGGAUCGGAACAUGUCAAGAUGCAGCAUGAGAAGUGAUCAGUGAUUGGCUGGGAGGAUCUGCUCUAUAAAAAGAACGCAUGUGAUACAAGAGCAUAGACGUGACAGCAUCUGGCCAUAUAUAAAGGUUGGGACAAUGUUGAUGUGUCAGAAAUGGUUGGGGGUGCGACGAGCCCUCUCCCUGGUCACGGGCCUGGUGGAGUGUCUGUGCUUUGCAGGAAUCCAGUUUGGCUGGGUGUCACUUGUUUUCAUCCUGAAGACGCAGGGCUUCUUCAGCUCACGUUCUGUUAACACCACAGGAAUCAAUGGCUCGCAGGUCUUAGAUUGCACUGGACAGGAUGAACAGUUCUCUCUGGUCUUCACCAUUGCAUCCUUCUUGAAUACAUUCGUCACUCUCCCAAAUGGUUUCAUCUUUGACCGCUUUGGAACAACAGUGGCUCGACUCUAUGGAAUCUCUGUCCAACCUGCUUUUUCCAUCUCUUUCCUUCAUAAGUGUGGGUGGCAUCAUGAUGUUCUUCACCAACAUGCAGGUUGUCCUGUGGAAAAUUUAAAAAGCCAGAAGAGUGUGCCGACACUCAGACUACAACAGAUGAAAGGCAGGUUGCAAAGGAGGAGCCGGCAAAAGCAGAGAAAACCUUCCAGGUUGACCGGUGGAAAGCCCUCCCUUGGUGUGUAGUUUCCCACCACGUCACUUUGGCAAGUUGUACGGGCUCAUCCAUGCUCUGGGAGCAACGUUUUCUUUACUGCAGUACGCCUGCUUUGCAGUGGUGGAUUCUGUUCUGGAGGGAGAUCCUUUAUACCCACCCCCUCAAUGUCUUCCUGCACUGUCGAAGUCUUGCAUCCCAGCGAGCCAAACAACAGCUUGAACAGCAGUAAAAUGAGACUCGUUAGAGACCUGAGUGAAGUUGGCCCCCGACCCCACGCAAAACUCUGGUCAAAUAGUCUCAUUUGUUUGUUUGUGCGUUUGUGCUGCUUUUGUUAUUACAGUUUAUUUAAUAACAAAAUAGCUCCCCAUUUGCUCCAUGAAACCAAAAUAGUCUCUUUUGUUUGUGCUGCAGUUGUGCCUGUUUUGUGCAGUUAAAAUGAUUGUUUGUGCUGUUUUCAUUUUUGAGGUAUUACACAUUUGUAUGGGUCAACCAAAGUUCACCCAGCCCCCCAUUUGCUCCAUGAAACCAAAAUAGUCUCAUUUGUUUGUGCUGUUUUGUGCAGUUAAAAAAAACAUUUGUGCUGUUAUACUUUUUGAAUUAUUAACGAUUGACAUUUUGGGCUAUUACAUAAUCAUCCCCCCGACAUGCUCAGAAUGAAACCAAAAUAGUCUCAUUUUUCCCUCUUUGUUUGUGCUGUUUCGUGCAACCAAAAUGAACGUUUGUGCUGCUUUCGUUUUUGAGAUAUCGCACAUUUGUUGUAGGUCAACCAGAGUUCACCCAGCCAAUUUGCUCCCAAUGAAACCAAAACAGUCUUGUUUGUACCGUUUUGUGCAGUUAAAAUGAGUGUUUGUGCUGUUUUCUUUUUUUUUUUUACCAAUUUCUUUACACUCAAAAAUAUGACCGCACUAACUGUCAUUUUGUUGCUUGUCUUAAUUUUAUUUAUUUUGUAUUAUACUGAUGAUUAUAUUUAUUGUUCUGUUCUGCUUGUUUCUAUUUAGUAUUUAUUUAUUAUUAUACUGAUAAAAUCUUAAUAAUUACAUCAUCAUAUUGUUACAUUACCGUAUUAUUAUUCUGUGUAUUAAAAAUGACAUAUGGAAUGCAGGAAGUGAAUCAUAUGUACUGCAUGAGACGUGGAACGGAUGGGGGGGGCAGGAUUAAAUCAGCUUUGCUGCUUCCUGCUC